AGAAUUUUGCACAAAAGAUUAAAAUGAAAACCUAAAAAAUUGAACGAAACCCUAAACCUAAUUUAAUCCUCCCCAUUCCAAAAUUACAGACAGAAAUUUUUUAUUUUUAAUAACUCAUCGUUAUCAUUCAUCAAUUCCGUACAUCCGAAUCGUAAUCUCUCUCGUGCGUAAUCAUAUCAUCUGGUCAUUGUGGUUUUGUUUUGUGGAGCUGUUGUUUUGUGAUUUUUUGUUUGAUGGGGGCACCGAAACAGAAAUGGACGGCGGAAGAAGAAGCGGCUUUAAAAGCUGGAGUGGUUAAACACGGAGCUGGAAAAUGGCGGACGAUACUUAAAGAUCCGGAAUAUAGCCAUAUAUUGUAUUUGCGAUCCAAUGUAGAUCUCAAGGAUAAAUGGAGAAAUAUGAGUGUAAUGGCAAAUGGGUGGGGCUCGCGUGAGAAGAUUAAGUCAUCUGUUAAAAGGGGGCAUCAUGCUUCUAGACAUGAAGAGAUUCAGAACUCUCUGUCUCACAGUUCUGUUGUUCCAAGUGAUGAGGAUACAUCGGACGCGAAGUCUAUUGUGGUUGCCAAUCCUGUUGUUCAUACCGGUGGUCCAAAGAGAAGUACUGUAAGGCUGGAUAAUCUUAUAAUGGAGGCAAUAACUAGCUUGAGGGAGCCUGGUGGUUCCAAUAAGACCACAAUUGCUGCAUACAUAGAGGAGCAAUAUUGGCCACCUCAUGAAUUUAAGAGGAUAUUGUCAGCAAAAUUGAAGUACUUGACGUCAAAUGGCAAGCUAAUCAAGGUCAAACGCAGGUAUAGGAUUGCACCUACAUUUUCUGAUAGGAGGAAUCCUUCUACGUUAAUGUUGGAAGGCAGACACCGGAUUUUUCCGAAGGUUGAGCGGGAUGAUUUCAGUACACUUACAAAGUCUCAGAUUGAUGUUGAGCUAGCUAGGAUGAGAAGUAUGACAGCACAAGAGGCUGCUAUAGCAGCUGCUCAAGCUGUCGCUGAGGCAGAAGCUGCCAUAGCUGAAGCUGAAGAGGCUGCAAUGGAGGCAGAGGCUGCAGAAGCUGAUGCAGAAGCAGCAGAAGCUUUUGCUGAAGCAGCUAUGAAGACACUGAAAGGAAAGCACAUGCCCAAGAUGAUGAUCCGAGCUUGAUGGAGCUCAAUAGAAUGGCCGGUCGGAAGCAAAGCGAACAUUUGAUCGACAUGCUGACAUGGCACAUUUUUUUGUAUAUAUGAGAGGGAUAAAAAGAAUAGUUUUUUUUCUAGGGUACAACACAGUGUAUUUAGGAUCCGGGUGAUUUUGGUAGGAUUGAAUUGCAUAGGCAGUCAUUUCUUGUAGACAGUUUCAAAUUACAAAUUUUAUCCCUCUCCAAGUAGAUCUAGGGUUUAGUAUGUAUUGCCUUGUUGUCUGUAUUUUCUUUUUGGGAAAAUUAGCUUGUUGUAAUAAAAAUUAGAGCAAUUAAUUUUUUUUGUUUGUUUGGACUUUC